AUGAUUCCAGCGUCAGUAACUUCUGCGCAGCCACUGCCGCAAACGGCCGUUGAUAUUCCUCAGCGCACGUAUCUGCCACUUAAAGACCCAAAGACGGGUAUAGACACGACGAACGCUGAGUGUGCACGUUGCCGUAAAGGACUUUAUGAAAGAGACAUUGUCAAGCAGCUACAGUGUGGCCAUCUCUUUCACGGACAUUGUAUCGACAAUCACCUACAGACGGAUAUUUACUGCCCAGUUUGCCGCAUCCAGGUAUUAUUUCCAGCUGCUAUGGCAGCCUCAGUCGCAUACAACGGCCGAACAGCAGGAUCUAUUUACCCUUCGGCUCAACUACCUCCGCGUGCGGUGCCUGUCGCGACUGCAUUCGUACCCACUGAUGGGACGGACUCGCGUAAUUAUGCACCAUGUCGAGAAUGCGGACAAAUGUUUUACCGUGAUCCGUCUAAGCUGCAUCGUACAAUAAUGUGGUCAACCCAAGUCCUACUACGCCUUAAUACAUCAAAUUCAGUAUCAAUCACAUUUUCAGAUAUGACAUCAGUGAAGACCAAGAAAAAGAGAAUAGAUUCGAAAGGAUCAGUCAUGACGUCUAAAGCUUUUUUUAAAAAGGGUGACUGGUUGGACGUAAUGGAUGGCGAUGGUGUAUGGAAUGUAGCUCGCGUUCUGAGUAUUCCGUCACCUGACGAGGUAGAAAUUACAUACGAUGGUUGGUCGAAGGAAUACGACGAGAUCGUACGAGUAAAUAGCAACCGUGUAGCUCCGUAUCAUACGUUUACGUGGACAGUCAAAUGCUGGGUUAAAUAUCUGAAUUGGCCUCUUUGGCCUUCACUAAUUACGAUUCGAACACCAGGGACACCUGCAGGAAUUCGAAAUCUUGGCGCUGAAAAUCGACUCUUCGUCGACUUUUUAGACAGUCCAACUUUUGCUGAACGUGAAAGGUGCUGGCAAAAAAGGGAUCAAGUUGAAAGUUUUGACGACAAAUUUGAUAGGAAACGAUUGGAUUCAACAGGUCAGGAAUUUGAACGAGCACUCUGGUUGAUACUGCAAUCUGAUGCAUCGAUAAAGAUGCCCAGAUUUGCUGUGGGGACGCUUCCAUUUCAAUAUCAGCAUCGACCAGCUGAAUCGGUAGCAGCACUUCGAAAAAAAAUGGGAGAUGAGCAUUGGUUUCAACGCUUUACUAUCAAUCGUAGUCUUCAUAAACAGCGUCACGUCUACGAAGUGCUUGGUGAUGAAUUUCACGACAAGAUUAAUGAUAAGAUAUGCUCUUCAACGCUUAAAGAGAUAAAUCUGUCAGGUUUGGACCAAAAGCCACCAUCGCAAUCAAAACAGAAAAAAAAAACUUCUAGCACUGCAGAGCCAAGUAAGAUCAAAAUCCCUCCCGAGGUUGAACAAAUGGACAAAAAGAAUGAUCACGAAUUGGCAGAUCGGAAGGAAGCCAGGCAGAAAAAGAAGCUGUUGCGGAUUAAGCGUCAAACAGAGGAUGUACCAAUGGCGAAAGAAACGAGUUCGAAGAAAAUCAAAGAAAAAUUAAAGCUCAACAACCAAAGUGGAAAAUUGGACAAGAUUUCAAAUGAUUGUGCAGGGAAAAAGAAGAUAGCGAACAGGCGGAGUAUUUCACGUCCUCAGAUCCUUCUUUUAACCAAUAUUGAUGAUCCGAUUCAAUCGAUACCAUCAGAUAUAAUUUCUGAUGACAAGGACGAAACUGUGAAUCGAAAUCAAACAAAAAGACGCUCAGCGCUGCGCUCUGGGCAAUCAAUCGGAUGUGAUAGGGAGGCUAACACUGUCGUUGAGUCAUUAAUGAUUUCUUCAAAACAAGCAGUUAAGCGACAAUUCUCGGAUGCCGAGGGUAAAUGUCACGAAGUGGUCAAAAAGAAGAAAAACGUCACACAUCAGGUUGUGGCAAUGAAACAGCUUCAAAAUAACAGAGUCAGUCUGUCCAAACGGAAUCCGGACAAGAUAUCAAUGUCGAUAAGCUCGCAUCAAUCGAUAAAUCAUAAUGCAGAAGAGAACUACUCAUCGAAUCCAGCAAAAGCAAUUGCUUCUUAUCAAGGAAAAACGAAAGAAACGAAAUCAAAGAUUCGGCAGCGCUCGACGAAGUUGGGCUCCAAAUUACAGAUGGACGAAAACAAAAGCUCAAACAAAAGCAAACCUAUCGUCAUGACCAAUAGAAUUCAUGGCCAGGACAGCUGUGAAUACAAUUUGAGUGCUGAUGUGGCAGAGAAAUCAGCGGUUGACCAUCUGAAAAAGUCCGAAGCUCAACAUGCUGGAAAUGAAGAAUCACAACCUCAUAAAUCUUGUGUCAUGCAAGCAGACAAAGCAGAUACGUUUGGAGUAGACGAAAGAGACAAACCAAGAUUUUCUGUCAGAACUGCUAUAAGUGUGCCAAAGAAGUUUUGUGUCGGGGCAACACGAUCGACAUCUGCUUGUCACAUCAACAACCCAGCGCUUCGUCUUGCGCCGACACCUCGUCUUCACCUGUCGACGUCGCAUGCUCAGACUUGCUCUACCUUAACUAAUCCAUCAACAGCUGUCUUUAGCUCAAGUAAAGGAUUCUCAAUAGAUUCGUGGUUCAAGCGUAAGUUAAUGGCAGAUGCACAAUAA